CACUCUUCCAUCAAGCGUUAAACCAAACUGAUCAAAAAUAUCAAUUAGCUUCCAUCGAAAUAAAUCGCACAAAGUCAAUCAUGUCGCGAGUUGUGUUGAUCGUUUUAAUUGCACUGGGUGCAACAGCAGUACAAGGCAUGGACUGCAAUUUUGGUACAAGUUCGAAUAUCUUCGAGAAGGUUUUAUCCCACUGUCCCGGAAUACUCGACAGCAGUGACAAAGAGUUUUGUUGCAUUGGGACAGACCGUUUCUACUGCUGUGAUGCGAAGGAGUUCGCACUCCAGACGGGAUGGAUUGUAAUUCCUGUGGUAAUCGGAGUUGCUGUAGUCGUAUCAAUUAUAAUCUUCUGCAUCUCUUGCCUCUGCUGUUCCUGCUGCCCAUGGUACAGAAGGCGUCAUCGUGGCACCGUCUAUGGUAAAGUUCCCACACCCACGGUCGUCACAGUAGUGCAACCCAGCAAUGCGCCAAUUGCACAGCAUCAGCUUUACCCAUCUCUGUCAACAGCACCAUCGCUGCCAGCACAGCCUCCUCCUUACACACAAGAAGCGUAUACAAAACAGGCCCCCUACAAUCCAAGUUAUUAGGCUUAAAGCGAUUAGGAAUAAUCGUAUCCUCAUAUACUUUCAUUUUUUUUUACUAAACCACAGCCGCGCAGUCAGAACGGAUCAGCAGUAAUAUGAGAGCCUGGCUCAAAUUUCCAUCAGCAACUUUUCAGUUUUGUCUUCCUCGAUCCACUCGCAUUAUUUUAUAUUAAUGUCUUCCCUAGUGAUAUUACUUAUUUUGCAUAGAAUUUAAAAGAUGAAAUUAAUUAAUUUAAUUCGCGGAAAUCCAGCAGGACUGAUGGCUACAAUUUUUCUUCAUUUAUUUUUUGUUUUUUAAUUAUUAUGCUCAAUAAGUGGCUCUGCCACUAAUUGUACGUGAUGGAAAAUUCUUUGGUAAUUGACUUCAACUUGUCAUUCGAAGGUCUCGCAAAUUACUUCAGUCAGAAACCAACACCAAGAAGGUUUGCAUGUCUCGAAAUCAAUUAUCAACACUGUUUACAAACAACUUAGCAGAAUAUUUCCUUAAUUAAAACGAUCACUCACCCUCGAAUGACCCUCCAGUGAAAAUUUGCACUGCGGCGAAAAAAAUUCUAAUGGCUGUUAGCAUUUUCUCCUGAGGGCAUCAAGGGCAGAUGUUUCUGAAAAAUAAGUUGAAGUCAGAUUAAGUAUUUUCCCAAAAUUAAUUAGUGAAACAUAUCUCCAGGUAUAUGAAAGUAAUUAAGAAUUGUGAUUUUUUGUCAUCACUUUUGCCAUGUUUGUGUAGGUGAUUGUUGUAAAAGAAUCAACACUCAAUUUCUGUGAAAAUAUGUUCAAAUAUAUUUUAUAAUCAUUCAA